AUGGCAGCGCUGAGACAGGAGCAUCGGUAUGGGCUCUCCUGUGGCAAAAUCAACAAAAACACCCCAAAUCAAACUCUUUAUCACGUCAAACUCACUGACACUGCCAUCCGGACCCUCGAAGCCUACCAGAACCUGAAGGCAUCACUAUCAAAUCAGCCGGCGAUUUGCUUCAAGGGGAGCCAGGGGUACGUGAAGAUCCCAGCGCCGACCCCUGAAUCCCCCGAUGGACUCAGAGUCUUCUCGUUCUACCUUUCCAGUGACAGCAAAGACAAACCUCAGUCCAGCUUCGACUGCAUUCACCAGUAUGUCUCAGGGGAGGGCAGGGAUCACCUGGAGGGCCAGGGCAGCAUUCAGGACAAGAUCACAGUUUGUGCCACAGACGACUCCUACCAGACGACACGGGAGCGCAUGUCUCAGGUGGAGAAGGACAUCUGGAGCCGCUCAGCAAUUGAGAUCAAACCAGGGCCAAGUAAGUGCGUGAAGGUCCAGAGGAAGCAGGGUUUGGUAUCAGGCUCAGAUAGCAGCAACAAGCACUCCCCCAGCAACAAGAGGAGCCUGGUUCCCAGCCCUGUGGCACACAGGCCCUUGAGGGAUCGUAUCAUUCAUCUCCUGGCCUUAAAGCCAUACAGGAAACCUGAGCUGCUACUGUGGUUGGAGAGGGAGCGGGCAAGUCCAAAGGACAAGUCUGACCUGACCUCAGUACUGGAUGAGGUUGGUAAGCUGAACCCUAAAGACCACAGCUACUCUCUGAAGGAUGAGCUCUAUAGACACGUCCAGAGAGACUGGCCUGGCUAUUUAGAGGAGGAGAAGCAACUCAUCCAUAGGCUCCUUAUCAGGAAACUUCAGCCACUCCACAGUAGCCAGUUGAAGAGUCCUCAGUCCAACCAUUCAUUCCACAAAACUCCUGGGGACUCUCCUUCACGACUCAGUCCUGCCAAGAGUCUCUCUGUGAAACGCCCACUGCCCUCGGAUCCAUCCAACUGUCAGACCCCCAAAAAGCAAAGACUAUUAGACCACUGCUUGCCUCUGCAGUCGCCCUCUCAUGGAGACUAUGGGACCAAUGGGGCUCAUAGCUCCUCUAGUCACGGAAACACUAGUGUACACAUCAAAAUGGAGUUCGACAAAACCAACAAUCAUCUCCAGGGGUGCCCAAAUGGUCUGUACUCACCGCACAAACUCAGCGGGUCAUCUGCUGUUCCCAAACUGGAGAGGACAGGGCCAGCUCCUACUGCACCCAGCCCCAAGCCCCCACACACUGACAGCUCCAUUUGCACUGACCAACAGUUCACCAACGGUCAACAUAAAAAGAAAAGGUCCAAAAAGCACAAAGACAAGGAACGAGAGCGCUUAAAACCAGACUGGAUAGAGACCAGUCCAGACCUGAAGCAGAACCAAGAAAAUCUCAAAGACCACAAAGGAGAGAAAACACCCGUCAAUCGAACCGCAACAGAGGAACUGCCCGACUAUUUAUUAAAAUACAGCACCAUAACAGCAGUGGAGCAGCGUCAACAGUAUAAGGACGACUUCUGUUCUGAGUAUGACGAAUACAGAGCGCUUCAUGACCGGAUUGGGGCUAUCACAGAGAUGUUUGUUCAGUUGGGCUCAAAGAUCAACACACUCUCACCGGGAACACAAGAGUACAAGCUUAUGGAGGACCAAAUACUACAAAAGUACAAAAAGUAUAAGAAAAAGUUUCCUGGGUAUCGGGAAGAGAAGAAGCGAUGCGAGUACCUCCAUCAGAAACUGUCGCAUAUCAAAGGUCUGAUCACAGAUUAUGACCGAGCACAGGAACUCUCCUAGUAACUGGCCUCUACCUUCAGCAGGGUGUAAUAUGACUGGACCAAAAGACUCGUACUAGACCCAAAGACUGCCCAGCUGGGUCCUAGAGUCGCUGAAACACUAUUCACUUUACCCCUCCGAGUGUUAAUGGAGUCGAGGAGCGAGGUUGUCUUUCAAAAAUGAGCUAAGACCACUGACUCGUGAUCAAAUGUUGCCCUUUAACAGUAUGGUUUUCAACAAUGAUUAUCGCUGUAAUGGCUGGAUAUUGUUCUGCUGUAGAAAAGGCCAGAUGACACAGUGAAAGCCAAAUCCAUUUUUUCUGAAAUGCAAAACAGAUGCGAUCCUUCCUGCCUAAUUGCAUUUUUAUUCUAUUCUUUAUCUUGUCAGAACUAAAAAGUGUGGAUUUAUAAAAAGUAUUAAAUUGAUGGUACAAUCAAUCUUAGGGGAAACAAAUGCUACUAAAGUCUUUAUAUUUAACAAACAAAGGAAUCUGUUUAUUUGCUGUGUGUUGAUAGAAAGUCACAUGUUGACACAACACAUUCAAUCACAUUAUUAAUGAAUUAGUUACAAUAAAGGUCACAUAAUGACAGUAAUAUGGUCAAGCCAUAAAUUUUGAUUUCAUCUUGUGAAGGCAACACAAAAUUUGUCAUCCAUACAAAACCUAUAUUUCAGCAGGACUAAGACACUUCAAAGGUUUAUCUCAGUGUAUUACUACGAUCACAAAAUGCAGAACAUGCAUUUUGUGGAUAGGACCAGUUUCUUUGGACUUUGAUCAUAAGGAUUGUUAUCAUGUAGCUUUCUGCCAUUGUCCUGUUCAUUUCUAAGAAAUGUUGGAAUGCCACAAAACCACUCCUCCCAGUGCCGUCAUGCUGGUUUCAAGAUAGUGCUCGUGCACAAUUAGUGUCAAUUUCACCCACAUGUAGCCUACCAAGAAUUGCCUUUUCAUUAUGUAAGGAAAAAACAUUAUCAACUUGCGUUUUUCUCUCGUCUUGUGCUUACAAACAGGUUUGUUUUGUAAAUGAAUGACUACAAGUUGCUCUAUGAAACACACUUUUUCACUUUACAUGCAGUUUUAAAACCUUACGUGUUUUUUUUUUGGUAAUCAACCUAGUCCAAACGUUUUCAUUUAGUAUGAUUCUGCUUUGGUUGAAGUCUUGAUGAUAUUUAAUAUGGGAUUUAGUUGAAUGACGGUAAUUCACUUCAGUGAGUGUUACAUUUUGAUGUUAUUCUGCUGAAUGUGAUAAAGAUGCCUUUCACAAAUUGGACUGUGUAAUUUUUAGCCCCACAGAGAAAGCGUGGGGAGGAUGUCGGCCUGCUGUCGGCUAGGUCACUCGGUUCAAACCACUUUGGUUCAGUUGGGUGUAAGAAGCAGGCCGACCUCUAGGGGCUGCUAAUGAGGCUUUUAGACUUUCUGAAAUGAUUUGUACCCAAGCAGGGACAUCUGAAUAACCACAUGUAUUUUUAUUUCACCUUAAUUAGCUGUGGCCUAAAGUAGAAGAUAGUGAUCAGAUUUCAGUGUUCUCUCAACCUUUGCAUCAUGUAGCUGUACUCACAACUGUUGUCUUAAUAAUUGCUUGAAAUGGGAAAAUGAAGCUAAUAUUUGCCUUAACAUGUAUGUCAGACAUUUCCAAGAUUCUGGUACCCCUGUUUUGAAAUGCUCUUCGUUUAACCUGCACAAUUUAAAGUAUUCUCACACUAUUUGUUUAAAUGUCUUCUAGUUUGAAGGAAAAUUCAGUUACUGGAUAGUUGUUCUGUUUUUUUUUUCUCUGUACAUCUUAAUAAUGUUACAAUUCUUCCUAUUUUGUCUCUGUCAGAUAAUCAUGAACUGUAGAGGAAUUUAAUUCACUGUCCAAUCCUAUCAAGCGCCACUAUCAAAAGAAAGAAUUAUCGCAGAAAUCUAUACAAAAUAAUUGACUUUGCUUCUCUUGAUUACUCAGUGCAAAUACUGAGUGGGCUUUCUGUCACAUAUUUAGCAGCUCUUUAUGCAUUUGAACAUUUUUCUUUCUGUAUUCUGGGAUGUUUGAAGGAUUUGAGACUAGCAUCAGUUGCUCUGUCUUGGCACAUAUGAAAGUUUCCAAGAAAGGAAUAUUUAUUAGCACUGACUAUUGGAAAAUGAUAAUUGUAAGUCCAGAUUCCAUUUCUGAGCAUUAAAUGGCCUGAAAGCUUAAAAAAACAAAGCUGGAUUCUUAAAGCUCUGGUACACUUAAUGGCAUGUUUUCAUUAUUCUGGCUGUUUGGAUCUCUUCUCAGGACCAGACCUCUUACUCUUUUGAUUCUUUUGGCAAUACGAUUUUGAUGAGCUUAGCAAAUGUGCUACAUACUGUCGCUCCACCCAACUUGAGAAAAUGUCUGAUCAGUCAACAUAACUGAAAACACCUGUGUUUUGUUUUGUUCUGGUACUGGAACUGGAAAUCAACAGUUCAUUUGUAUCAGAAGACAAGAGUGCAAGGCCAGCUCAGAAACACAAAACAAUUUAUUUCACAAAGGAAUUUGUUUUCAUCCUAAACAGAAAGGUACUGACACAUUUUUAAAAGUCAUGGCAGGAUGGAAAUGUCUACAAAACACUCUUUAGACCUUCAAAGAAACAAUUUAAAAGAAAGAAAAAUCAGAUUAAGGGCUUCCCAUUUACCACUAGAGUGAUACUGAUCAACUGUACGCUAAAUAUGUAAUCAGACAAACUGCAUCGUGGGGAAAAUAUCAGUAAUUGUAAGAUGAUCAUCGUACCAGUCGUGUUAACUUGUUGUUUUUGGGAAACCACACCCUUGGUGAAAGGGGCUUCUCAAGUGCUAACUGUGAUGUUUUUUACUGUUGCAGGAGCUAACUACUGGAGGUGCCUUUUCAUUCAGAAAGCAGAGCAACUCUGCAUGUAACUAUCAUUGGUAUUCUGGAAAAAAGAACUUGGGCUAGCAGUAUUUACACAACUGUAGUUUCACACUGUUGCCACUAUUCAAAGUGCGUGGAGUUGAUAUCAGAUUCCUUGUAUAAAGUGUAAAAAGUACAGGGACAUGAUAUCAUAUUUAAUUAGAGCAAUUUUCCAGUUAUGAAAGUUUGGCAUUUUAAAAAUGCAAGGUUUUCCAGGACACCAAUUAAACUGCAUCUAAUGUUAGCUACUUACAUACAUGUAUGUUUGAAAGAAUGGCCUGGAUUUUAUUUUUAUUUUUUACUUGCAGCCUAGCAAACUGUUUCCACAUGUUUCUUACAGGUGCGCUUAAUUGGUUUGUUGGUACUGGAAAAGCAAGUCCUAAAUGGAAAUGUGAAAUCAAACAUUUUGUCUAUUAUAAAUCACUGCAAUUGAUCUACCUAGGAGAACAAAUUUCUUUAUUUAUUGCUUUGUAUGUGUUUGUUCUUUUAUGGGAUUCGUCUUUGCAUAGUUUGUUCAUUCUUUUCACAGCGAAACUCAAAGUAUGGUGAAAGGGAAAUGGAAUAUAUUUUUGCAAUUUUUGAUGGUGGAUGCUUUAUCACAAUGUCAUCCUCUUGAGAAAAGCUUUCAGAAAAAAAAUGUAUUGUUGUCUCAGUAAAAUUGAAAAUAAAGCUCUUUUCAAUUUGA